AUGUCUAGUUGUCAAUCAAAUAGUGCUACUUCUACAGCAGUUGCUCCUGCUAGAUCAAAGGAUCUAGCAUGGUCCCAUGCACGUGUAGUGCCAAGGGCAAGAAAUAGUACUCAAUGUCUUUAUUGUAGCAAAAUUAUUAGAGGUGGCGGAGUCACGAGGUUGAAGCAUCAUCUAGGUGGUAUUUCAGGUGAUGUAGAAGCAUGUAAAAAGGUCCCUGAUGAUAUAAAGUGGCAAAUGAAGGAGUUGGUCAAUGAAAUGAAAAAAAAACAAAGAGAAGAAAAGAAAACUAAGCUUAGAGAUUGGAUGUGGAAGCCCUGUAGAUUGAACAUAAGAGAUGUUGAUGUUGGUGAUGAUGAGUAUGAGGUAGGGAGUCAAGGACACAUUCAUGAUUCAAAGGGGAAGGGGAAGGUGAAGGGGAAGGAGAAAGUAGGUGGAAAGUCAACGAGGCCAUUUAGCAGAUUUUUUGCUCCAAGAACAAUUCCUGGCUCUCAACCUUCUAUUAAGAGUACUAUGUGUUCAAAGGAAAUGAUUAACAAAGCAAAAAUGGCUAUAGCAAAUUGGUGGUAUGAUGCUAAUUUACCUUUCAAUGCAUCUCAAUCCAAGUUUUAUCAACCAGCUAUAAAUGCUAUAGUUGCCAUCGGGCCAGGAUUCAAGGGUCCUUCUUUACAUGAGUUGAGAGGAAAUUUGUUGAAGAAUUCUGUGACUGAGGUUCAAAAUUAUCUCUUAGAUAUUAAAACAUCUUGGAGGGAUAGUGUUUGUUCACUAAUGGCAGAUGGUUGGACAAACCAGAGGCAACAACCAAUAAUUAACUUUUUGGUUUAUUGCCCAAAAAGACAUUUUCCUAUUAUUGAUGAAACUAUAAAGAAGGCAAGGAAGAUAAUGAAAUUCAUUUAUAACCAUGCUUGGGUUUUGGCUUUGAUGAGAAAGGACUUUACCAAAGGUCAUGAUUUAUGUCGCCUUGCAGUCGCAAGGUUUGCUACAAAUUUUUUAAGUAUCCAAUGCUUACUGUUGUUUAAGAAAGAGCUUCAACAAAUGUUCACUUGUGAUAAGUGGAUUGUAUCAAGUUAUUCUAAAAGCAACAUAGGGAAGGAGUUAGCUGGGAUUGUUCUAGAAGAGAGAGAGUUUUGGGCUCAAUGUCAGUUUAUUGUAACAAUCAACGAGCCUUUGGUUCGAGUACUACGACUUGUCGAUGGGGAUGAGAAGCCUGCAAUGGGAUACUUGUAUGAUGCAAUGGAGAAAGCCAAAGAGAAUAUAAAAGCAAGAUUGAAGAACAAAGUUUCUACAUUUAUGCCAUUCAUCAGGGUCAUUGAUGCUAGGUGGGAUAAGCAGCUUCAUAGUGCAUUACAUGCAGCAGGUUGUCUUCUUAAUCCUGGAAUUUACUUUAACCCUUGCUUUAAAAGUAAAAAUGAUGUUUCUAGAGGGUUUAUGACUUGCGUUGUAAAGAUGGAACUUGAUAUUCAUAAGCAAGAUGAGAUCAUUCAACAAAUUGACAUGUAUAAGAAUGCACACGGUGAUUUUGGACAACCUAUAGCAAUACGCCAAAACAUAAAGAGGGGAAGAGAUGCUUUGGAUCCAAUCAAUCUUGAGAAUAUUGACUCGAUGGAGGAAUGGGUAGGUGAAGAAUCAGAGCUUAUUGAUGGAGAAGACUUGGAUUGGGGAAGUAUUGAGGAGCCAUUAGCCUUACAAAAUUUGGAAGAGGGUGUUAAUUUGGAUUGA